CUAGAACGCUCACACUCAAGAGUUUUUAAACCCCUCUGCUGAGUUUCCAUGUGGAUGGUUGAGAAGAUCCGUGUGUCAGUGGAGAGAACCAACCUUCCCCUCCCCACGGCAGAGCACAGUCUCAGGCUCACAGACAUCAUGUUUGGAGAUAAAACCGCCUCAGACAAAAGCAAGAAGAUCUCCCUGUGCCCCAAUGUCAUCACCCCGGAUACCAUCCCAGAGUUCUGCAUCCCACCAAAGAUCUGUAGCCCAUCCGAGCAGCGGGGCACAGAGCUGAUAAGAAACGCCCCUGGGCACAGGGCAGCCCCAUCCGAGCGGGGUACUCCCAGCAGUGAGGCCCCAACACGUGAGCUAAUGAACACCCACAUCAUCCAGGUGGAAAGUGUGGACGAGGCGCCCUUCGACAAUGGAUACAGCGAUGAGGAGACCACCAACGCAGACCCCCAGAGCCAGGCGGCUCUCUCCCUCCCGCACCUGGCCAAAGCCCAGACCUGCUACGGCUUCUGCACCCUGCUGGAGAGCCCCCACACCCGCAGGAAGGAGUCCCUGUUCCACAGCGACCCCAGCUCCUGCGGCAUCCCCCUGGUGCUGCCCCGCAGUCGCUCCAACACCUGCUCCAAAUCCUCACCCUCCUCGCAUUCCUUCAGUCUGAGCGCACUCAGCUCCAGGCUCUCCCCCAGGGGCCUCUCGCUGAGCCGCCAGGGCACCUUGGACAGCGACACCACCUCCUCCACCGAGUCGUCCCCCUUCAGCUCCCCGAUGCUUGCCAGGACGCCUCCCAAGUCCUCUCUCUUCAAGGCUCUGAGCCAUGAGAAGCUGCUUUCCCGGGGCAGCAGGAAGGUUGUGUCCCGGAACAACUCCCUCUCGACGGACGAGGGGAGCUCCACAGACAACAGCCCCAACGUGCUGAGGAGGGCAUCCGAGGGGCUGCUGGAGGGCCCUCCCUGUUUCGGACUGGCCCCGCCUGCCAUCUUCCCCAUGGACCUGGUGCUGUACCGGGACCGAGUCACGAGGGAGAGCCGCGUUCCCCUGGGAAGGGACGGGACGCUGCGUCUGUCGGCAGAGUACUGCCCAGAGACACAGAGACUGCGCGUGCGACUGAUCAGUGCAGAGGGGCUUUACGCCGCGACCUCUGACCCCAAAGGCAUCAACUGUAGCGUCAGCGUCUCCAUGAUGCCAGGGAAGACCCAGAAACAGCGCAGCACUGUCAUCCGCAAGAGCCGCAACCCCAUCUUCAAUGAGGACUUCUUCUUCGACGGGGUUCCCGAGGACGACCUAGCCAACAGGUCACUGCGUUUCAAAGUGGUCAACAAAAUGUGCUCGAUGAAGAGGGACUACACACUGGGAGACUGUGAACUUCCUCUGACCAGCAUAUUAACUUUGUAA